AUGAUCGUUAAGAAUACUAUGAAGAUGAUCUUAUUGAUAUGCUUUACGUUUCUAUCAUUCUUCAGAGUCAGUCAUGCCAUGGAUUUGGAUACUACAAGCAAAACAUCAAUUUGUGAUGCGACAGCGUUAAUUCAAGACGGUAUGCUGGAUUACUAUGAGGGUACUAGAUACGGUGGUACAGUUGGGAUGUUUCAGUCACCAUACUAUUGGUGGCAUGCAGGUGAAGCAUUCGGUGGCAUGUUGGAAAAUUGGUUUCUUUGUGAGAAUGAUACAUAUCAAGAAUUGCUAUAUGACGCACUAUUAGCACAAACUGGUUCUAACUACGAUUAUAUUCCGGCGAAUCAAACGAUGGUUGAGGGUAAUGAUGACCAAGGUAUCUGGGGCAUUACUGUUAUGGGUGCUGUCGAGAGAAAUUUUACAGACCCUGGUGAUGACAAACCGGGUUGGUUGGCAAUGGUACAAGCCGUUUUCAACACCAUGUACUCAAGAUGGGAUUCAGAACACUGUGGUGGUGGCUUAAGAUGGCAAAUUUUCACUUGGAAUAGUGGCUACAACUAUAAAAAUACUGUUUCAAAUGCAUGUUUAUUCCAAAUUGCGGCAAGAUUGGGGAGAUAUACUGGUAAUACUACAUAUUUAGAAGUUGCUGAACAGGUUUUCGAUUGGCUAGUGGAUGUCGGGUAUGUGGUUCUUAACGAUACUGCAAAUGUCUUUGAUGGUGCAGAAAUUGAUACAAAUUGCACUGAUAUUACGAAAAUUGAAUGGACCUAUAAUCAUGGUAUCGUGCUUGGUGGUCUUGCGUACAUGUAUAAUGCUACGAACGGGACGGGUGAAUGGGAGACUAGUUUGACAAAAAUUUUGAAUGGUGCCAAGUCUUAUUUUUUCAAAGAUAGUAUCAUGUAUGAAAGUGCCUGUCAAGACUAUGGCACCUGUAACACUGAUCAAAGGACAUUCAAAAGUAUCUUUUCUCGUAUGCUCGGUCUUACAAGUGUUCUGGCUCCCUUUACUAGUGACACGAUUGAUGAUUUAAUAAAAACAAGUGCUGAAGCCGCUGCAAAAUCAUGUGAUGGUGGUACAGAUGGGCAUACGUGUGGUUUGAAUUGGCAGAAGGAAACCAACGAUGGCUACUAUGGACUAGGUGAACAAAUGAGUGCACUAGAAGUUAUUCAAAAUCUUUUAAUUCACGACAGACCAGCCCCAUAUAAGGAAAGUAAUGGCGGUACGUCAAAAGGUGACGCGAACGCCGGUAUGAACUCAUCGACCACAAAUGUGCUACAGAAUAAUUUAAACAUCAAGAAAGGUGAUCGCGCUGGUGCCGCUAUCAUCACAGCAAUCAUACUGAGUGUGCUAAUUGGUGGCGCUGUGUGGAUGCUGUUUUAA